AUGGUCUUCCCCGGCGCCCUCAGCAGGGGCUGUGACCGCUGCAGGAAGCGAAAGAUCAAGUGUGAUGGAAGACGUCCAGGAUGCAAACGCUGUGAGCUAUACAAAGCCUCGUGCCCUGGCUAUGAUCGCCCACUAGCGUUCCGAUUCCACGGAGAGCCUGGUCAUAGUCUUGUUCGUGGUGAGCAUGUUGCCCGUCGUAAAUCGGCGCAGACCCUCGUCUUGGGCAAGGGGUCAAGUUAUGGGCUCACUCCCUCAAGGCUUACCAGCAUAGUGGUCGCUCGACAACCCCAGCCCUCAUUCGAGGAUGAGUCCCUUGCCUUCUUCCUGCACGAGUACUGCGUGCAUCCGGCGCCAGGCGUCAUUGGGGGCCAUAUGGAAUUCCUCGAGGCUUACAUGGCACUUUCUCGGCACUACAAAUCGUCAACGCUCUAUGUUGCGGCGCGGGGCCACUACGGAGCUGCCCUACGUACUGUCAAUAGAGAUCUGUCUGUAUCAAAAAGGCCCCUGAAAGACGAGACCUUGGCGUCGUUGAUGCUCAUGGGUAUGAUUGAGGAUAUUGAGUGCCAAGGGCAAACAACAAAGGCCGUGCACAUGGCAGGUAUUUCCAAGUUAUUCGAUCUCGUUGGUCAUCGAGUUCUCACAAAGGUUGACGAAUCUUCGCUCCAUUCGUGGAUCUUUACGCAAAUGCAACUCCCAUCCCUCGUGGCCAAGGAGAGUAUGAAGUGCCUAGACAUUCCUGACGCACAACUGGAUACCAAAAGGCAUGUCGUACGCUUGGCCCUGGUGGUGACUCGCAUUGGACAGUUCUACCGAGCCUCCAAGCAAAUCACAGCCCCCGAUCCAGGAUUGACACCAAGUGUGCAGCAAGCCCAGCUCGUGUCGCUCAUCAAACAAGCCUUGGCAAUUGCAGGGGAGCUAGCUAUGAUCCAGAAGGACGCCAUGCCCACGAAACUCAGACCACAAGAGACGACGGACAAACGGCCCAAGAACCCAGCCAAUCAGUCUCUCAUCAGUUUCGAUUCACGAUGGACUGCCUCGAGGUGGAGUCAGUUUGCUUUGUACUUAAUUCUCUUCUUCACGAGACUGUCCAAGUGCUCGGACGCUCUAUUGCAGCUGGAAACUAUAGGUGAUGAGGAGACACAAUUGGCCCGGACUGCCGGAGCUAUCUCCGUAGGGCAGAUCAAGGCCAUGACCCAUAAGCUCUGCAGUGCCCUACCUUACUUGAUGGGUGAGGUCAACAAGCAGGGGCGGCCUCUCUCGGUGCCGGAACGGCAAAGCGUCAUCAUGUACCAUCUCGUUUGGCCGCUCUCUGUCGUGAUUGUGAGCCCUUAUAGCACCCCUGAGCAAGUGGAGGACGGGCAAACCAGGCUGAACGAGAUUCGGGACAUGUACGGCAUUAGACUCGCUUAUUUUGCCCCAGGUUUAGCGAGAGAUUUGAUGGCUUAG